UGCUGGCCCAUAUUUUGCCCUAAAUCCUAACCCUCUUAAGUAAAUGUUGACAUAGGAAAAUCGGCUACUCCCCUUUAGGUUUUCUCUCUCAAUCGGCCGAAUCAAUCAGUUUUCUCAUCUUCCUUAGCAGAGCAGAUCCCUGCUCUGUAACACAUUCCUCUGACAAUCAAUGAUGGGUGAUAUGGCACUGGAAGAUAUUACUUCCAGAGCUACUGCACUUGGGAUUGAUCUUUCUCAAGUUGAUUGGUCCUCCAUACGCCUUCCUCCAAAUGAAGAUUUUGGCAUCAUUAGUGAUGAUGAUGAUAUCAAGAAUCAGGAUGCUUUGGAGUUUGAUGAUGAGCUUAAUAACAUAAUUGUUGUUGACAACCUUCCUAUUGUUCCAAAGGAGAAAUUUGAUAAGCUUGAAGGUGUUAUUCGUAAAAUCUAUGGUCAGAUUGGUGUGAUAAAGGAGAAUGGGCUUUGGAUGCCUAUUGAUCCUAAUACCCAGAAAACACUUGGAUACUGCUUCAUUGAAUAUAACCUUCCUCAGGAAGCUGAAGUUGCUAGGGAGAAGACAAAUAACUACAAGUUGGACAGGUCACACAUAUUUGCUGUCAAUAUGUUUGAUGACAUUGAGAAGUUCAUGAAGGUUCCAGAUGAAUGGGCCCCUCCUGAAAGCAAGCCAUAUGAACCUGGGGAAAAUCUGCAACAGUGGCUUGCUGAUGAAAAGGCGAGAGAUCAAUUUGUUAUUCGUGCUGGCAAUGAUACUGAAGUUCUCUGGAAUGAUGCUAGACAUAUGAAGCCUGAUCCUGUUUACAAACGCUCAUUUUGGACUGAAAGUUUUGUUCAGUGGUCUUCACUUGGAACAUACCUAGCAACUGUCCAUAGGCAAGGUGCUGCUGUUUGGGGUGGUGCAAGUUCCUUUAAUCGAUUAAUGCGUUAUGCUCACCCACAAGUUAAACUGAUUGACUUCUCCCCUGGUGAACGCUUUUUGGUCACUUACAGCAGCCAUGAACCUAGCAAUCCCCGUGACACACAUAGGGUAGCUUUGAAUAUUUUUGAUGUGAGAACUGGAAAAGUUAUGAGAGAUUUCAAAGGAUCUGCUGAUGAAUUUGCAAUUGGUGGGACAGGUGUUACUGGAGUUGUAUGGCCUAUUUUCAGAUGGGCCGGCGGAAAAGAUGACAAGUAUUUUGCUAGGAUUGGUAAAAAUAUUAUAUCGGUUUAUGAGACAGAAACUUUUUCACUUGUUGACAAGAAGUCAAUAAAGGUUGAAAAUGUUGUGGACUUCAGUUGGUCACCAACAGAUUCCAUUCUUGCACUCUAUGUUCCAGAACUUGGUGGCGGAAACCAACCUGCAAGAGUGAGCCUGAUCCAGCUUCCUGGCAAAGAAGAGUUGAGGCAAAAAAACCUCUUUAGUGUUAGUGAUUGCAAAAUGUAUUGGCAAAACAAUGGGGAGUAUCUUGCUGUUAAGGUUGAUCGUUAUACAAAAACAAAGAAGAGCACAUACACUGGCUUUGAGUUGUUUAGGAUCAAAGAACGGGACAUACCCAUUGAGGUUUUGGAACUUGAGAAUAAGAAUGAUAAGAUUAUUGCAUUUGCCUGGGAACCAAAGGGCCAUCGAUUUGCAGUUAUCCAUGGUGAUGGCCCUAGGCCUGAUGUAAGCUUCUAUUCAAUGCGAACUGCCCAUAACACAGGACGGGUGUCAAAACUGACAACUUUGAAAGCAAAGCAAGCGAAUGCUUUGUUUUGGUCACCAGCUGGUCGCUUUAUCAUACUUGCUGGUCUUAAGGGUUUCAAUGGUCAACUGGAGUUCUUCAAUGUUGAUGAUCUUGAAACCAUGGCAACUGCUGAGCAUUUCAUGGCAACUGAUAUUGAAUGGGACCCUACUGGAAGGUAUGUAGCAACAUCAGUGACAUCUGUUCAUGAGAUGGAGAAUGGGUUCAACAUCUGGUCUUUCAAUGGAAAGCUUCUAUAUAGGAUACUUAAAGAUCAUUUCUUCCAAUUCCUGUGGCGGCCAAGGCCUCCUUCUUUCUUAUCUGCUGAGAAAGAAGAAGAGAUUGCUAAAAACCUGAAAAAGUACACCAAGAAAUAUGAAGCCGAAGACCAGGAUGUGUCUAUGCUGUUGAGCGAGCAAGAUAGAGAGAAGAGGAAGACAUUGAAGGAUGAAUGGGAUAGAUGGGUUAAUGAGUGGAAACGAUACCACGAAGAGGAGAAGUUGGAGAGGCAGAAGCUGAGGGAUGGUGAAGUUAGUGAUGAAGAAGAGGAGUACGAGGCAAAGGUGGUUGAAGUCGAAGAACUGUUGAAUGUUACUGAAGAGAUAGUACCUGAACAAGACUAAACUUUUUUGAUAAAUAUUCAUAUCAAAUUUGAAGCUCCAUCUUUCGUCAUUCCCUGAACAAGACUAAAGUUGGAGAAAAUAGAGGAUCUGUUUCUUGGCGAGAAAGAAGAGUUGUGGGUCCAAGUUUUCUUUCUUUGCUUAAAUUGCUUCUGCCCUUUCCCCGCCUUUCAUUUCUGAUUGAAUUUGAUUCUUCUAUUUGUCUGUCAAGUAGAAGUUGUUCUUAGAUUUAUGUUUAUGAUCGAUAUAUACUCGAUGUUUGUAACUUUUGGGAGAUUAUCUAUGAUUUUGGAUCAAAUAAUUCUGUUUGUUUUA